AAUAGGAGGGGCUAUAGAGCCGCCUCGCUAUAUCGGCUUCCAUCGUUGCCUCAAGUUCCACUUCGUUCGCAAGCAGGCUUCCGCUGCCAGGCACUAUAUAAAGCGCGUUUGCACAACGCCUGUCACUUUCCACAGUGCGCCUGCAGAGCGGUCACGAAAGCGUUGUGCAAUACUGCUACACAAUGGAUGAUUUGCGCCGUGCUGCGUUCGCGGUACGCGACGCCAGCGAUAAAGUUAAAAACCACUACAUUGAAUCUGCCGAAAAAGUCACGGAUUGGUGGUAUGGUAAGGAGUUCCCGUACGACCGCCUACCGACACCGACAUCAGUCCGCCUCAUCAAGCUCGACCGCCCCUCCUCCGAGCGGGGAGACGACAAGAUCAGUUUCGUAAUGAAGACAGCCGAUCUCGAACUCGGACCACGCUUCACCGCGCUAUCAUAUACUUGGAAUCUAUCACGGUCGACUUGGAGCAGGGGCGCACGCCGCAUAUUGAAUUUCUGGAUGUACGAGGACUUCGAUGAGUUCGUCGAGCUUUUCAGACCAGAGACAGAGUCACAGGCCGAGAUGUACAUGCACCUGAAUGCCUUCAAGAAGGUCACCUGCAACGGCAAGCCCAUGAAGGUGCAUCAGAAUCUCUUCCAGGGGUUGAAACAAUUGCGCAAGAAAAGACAGGAAGAGUGGUUCUGGAUUGACGCUUUGUGUAUAAAUCAGAGUGAUGAAGACGAGAAGGUGGCUCAAAUCCCACUCAUGGGUCGAAUUUAUCACCAAGCUCAGCUUGUCGUCGUCUGGCUCGGUGAUUUGAAUAAGCAAUGGGCCAAAGGUCUCCAGCUCCUCGAGGACGUCGCCGCUUCCAAGAGGCCGUUGCCGCCUGAUUCUGUAUUGAUGAGGCUUCCGAUGAACGGUGGCAAAUUCUUACCGCCAAUAGAGAGCCCGGCAGAUAUGAAAGAGUUUUUCACCAUGUUCGCUACUGCAACACAUCUGAUAUGUCGGCCGUACUUUCGCAGGGUAUGGGUGGUACAAGAGCUUUGCCUUGCGAGGAAGGUCGUGUACCUGCACGGGGAGUACGAGGUCACUCCUGAGGCGUUGCAGACAGCCUGGAAAUGGAUACUAUUCAGUACCAGCGACAAGAGUAUCACACCUUGGAACAUGAAGGUCAUGAAGGCAGUCAUUCGGCCCCUUGUUGGAGCCCAGAUGGAGCUGCUACCAUCCUCAGCGGCUUCCCACGAAGGCUUCUCCCGAGACAGUAAGGGAACUCUGAUCAAUUGGCUUCGGGUGUGCAUGGGACGCCAGGCUACGCAUGACAAGGACUUCGUGUUUGCAGGACUGUCGCUCAUCAGGGAGGAUCUGUUAACCAUUGAUCAGAGCUUGCAGCCUGUGGUAACCCCACCUGCGCCGCCGCCACCAGAAUCCGGUAUCGCGGGCCAUCAACACAACAAGCGUAGCAUGCACGACUACGAUGGGGCGUCAAGCAUCACACCGAACGGGCUUUGGCCAGUCUUAGCAGCCCGCCCUGCCGUUUCCGCUCCCGAAGUCCUUGUGAAUGCUGCCGCUUGUCUGCUCACCCAUGAGUCUGUCGAGACACUAUUCACACUGGCCUCCCGCAUGCCUGAAGAAUAUCAUUUGAACGACAAGGUUUCCACAGUCCCACGAGAAAUCGGAAAGACAGCACAGACCUUGCCGUCUUGGGUCCCCGCACCGGGGUCCUGGAAGAGUGAAGCAACUAGCGAUUUGAUUCCUCCAAAGAUCAAUAAUCCAUGGUGUGCAGGCCCUGCGCGGCACGCAUCAGCGGGCGACGCCUCCUCAGUCUCGCCUGUUUGCUCCAUCUCUCCUAACGGGAGAGAGCUCAUCGUCGACGCUGCGACAGUGGACACUGUCUCUGCAGUCGACUUCGACGUCCUGGAUCUGCUCAAACUCAUGCGCUUCAUGACACAAAGGCCCGUGGUGUACAAUGGCGUGGCCGAGGCCCGCAAGACUGCGCGUCAGCCGUCUUUGCUGGAGGCCAUCGCCUUCACCAUGGUGGCCGGCCACGUCAAUGGCAAGCGCAUCACGCACGCUCAGGCUGGCAAGUGCCUUUGCGAGUCCAUCGAGUCGAUGGUUCACGCUUCCGUCCUGAGGGACCAGCAUGAGCUAGCCGGGCAGACGAUGGCCAGGGAAAAGAGCGAAGCGGCAGCACGCAAGGCUCACGGCAGCGGCGCGGAUUUGCAAACAGCACCAUCGGCCGCAGCGGAGCAGUGGAGAGCAGACCGCGAGCGUGAGACCAACACGCAGAAAAGCCUCGCCGACGUCAUCGCCGAGUUUGAAAAGCUGAAGCACCUGUAUGCGCACAUGCCUUGGCCCGGGGAGGCGGUGAGGCAUUUAACCUCGGAGGAGGCGAUUUUGGAAGUGUCCAGCAACGAGUUGAGAGAGAAGAAGAUGCGGCGGAAGGCAGUCCUGAAUUUCCUCAUGGGGCAGCCCAGCCACGGCUUCGGGGGCUUUAGAGUUUUUCCUCCAGAGAAGGAUGAAGAUCCCUUCUUCGACGUUGAAAGGCCUGUUAGCGACGAAUGCCGGGCCUUUGAGGAGGCUUGCAUGUCGAUGCUUGCCUGGCGCAGGUUGUUCGUAACAAGGACUGGGCUAGUCGGCCUCGCGCCUACCUGGGUCCGAGAAGGCCACCACGUUAUGCUGGUGUCUGACUCUUCUGUUCCUUUCGUGUUCUCCCGAGCUAGAGGCACAAAAAGGGAUACCUGGACGCUUCAAGGCGAAGCCUUUGUUGAUGGUAUCAUGCUCUGGGAAGCCAGAGAAUUGGUUGAUAUGGACAGAAUAUGUGUAGUUUGAGACAUAGAUAUCGAGGAGCCAUCGAGAACUUUCACAGCCUUCUACAAUGUGCGGAGCACAGAACGCGGCGACGACAUGAUUAAAUGUCUAGGUAGGCUUCAGGGCAAUCGCAAGCCUUUUUAGCUGACGCCGCGAGGACUUCAUAUGGGCACUGAAUUUACAUCCGUUGCUAUCCGCUCGAACGGCUGUAUACCCGAUAGGCUGAUGGGCUGGCUUCCUGCAGCGUGCUCCACGGCAGCGUCCCGGUGCCUGGCACCACCUCCCUGCCCAAUGUUGCGCAUGUGCUCGUCUUGUCCAUAAC